AUGGCAUCUUAUAUUUUGAAAGAAGGCGUUGCCAAAGUAUCUGAAGUGUUCAAGACGCAAUUUCCGAAUAAAAUUGACAAGUCUGACAAAGCAGUCCAGCGACUUUUACAGUUACCAGUGGUGAUUGUGAAGGGGGAAUUCCUGUUUGUAACCAAGAAAAGACCCGAUGUCAACUACAAGAUAUUGUUAGAACUGCUUCCAAAGAUGUUACCAGCAGAGAGAGAGGUUGGAAGUCGAAUUAGCAAGGAGACCCUUAGAACAUUAUGUCAGUUAGCAUCAACUGAAUCAGAUAGGAAAUUAUUAAAAUAUAUAGCCACUUUGGGACAGUCUGCAAAACAAGCGAAAUUAGCCUACGGUAUUGAUGACAAUGUUAGAAAGGUUCAGCAGGUAAACCAAGCAAUGUUGAUGGCAAAUGAAAUCCAGAAAUCGGUGAUGGAGCUUGCGACUCUGGAAGAUACAGCUCUUCUUAACUCCUUGGGCAUACCACAAGACAUUUCCAGCGAAUCUGAGUCAGAUGAAUCGGAUUGAAAGACUGAUUAUUUCAGUAGCGAUUUAGAACCAGAAUUAGAACUGAAGCAAACUACCACAAGAUCAAACGUCUCACCUAACCUACACGCCAGUGAAACACCGCCAAAUGAAGUAUGCUUGUCGUGGUUGAAAGAGAGUAAGUUUAAUUGGUUUUCAUUUCAUCACGAGUGUCUACUACGUUUAAAGCAUUUGCGUGAAGAUGUGUUUGAUGAACUGCUGACUGUCUUUGCAAAUAAUCUUUCAGCAUCCGGCCUAAACGAGGAUGAACUGGCUCAGGUUUCGUAUGAAGCAUUCACUGAAUAUCAGUGUAGACAGCCUUUAAUGAUAGACGGUGAAUCUGUAUUUUCUGAGUCUGAUUCCGAGGAAAUUGAAGAUCAUGACGAAGAGUUUACCCAGUGGUGUAAAAAUGGGGAAAAGCGUAUCCAGGCAGUACGUCGGGCUAUUAAACAAAAGGCAAAACGGACCAUUGCAAAAGAAAUAGCAACCCGAAAUUGUUCUGAAAAGAAAGUGUCCAAAAAGAGCUAGCCGAAUUGUUAAGGAACAUCCUAAUAUCGGAAGAGAUACCGAGGAAUUUGUCAAAUCGAAAAGAGUAGGAGCUGAUGCUUGGCAACGAACGGGGGUGCUGACAUUUGACGGUGCUCGCUCCAGGUGAAAGAAAGUUACCUACAAAAGUAUUCAAUGUCAUCUUCAGGAAAAGUAUAGCUGCAAAAUAAGUUAUGGAACUGUAGUCCAACUUUGUGUUAUAAGAAGCAAGCGACGUUUAUCUGCCAAGCGAUAUAAGGGAAUCGCCAAAGUUACGUGUAGAAGAGCUUGUAAGGGGUUUGCGGUAAAACUUAACAUAGAUGCACACUGGAGUAGUGCAUUUGAUAAGGGAAUCGAUUUCAUACAACUGAAAGACGGCAAGGACAAAGUGUUGCUGAAUAGAGAUGACCAAGCCGGUUUUCGUCUUGACACAACCUUCACCCAUAACCAAGGCAAGUGUAUCACUCUGGAAAGUCAGCCUUCACUUACUACGAGAACUGAUUUUGUAAAUAAAUACCCAUCUCUCCUUCAAACCACGUCGUAUUUAUUCUUGGAUUCUGAGACGACCGAAAAAGCAUGUGUUGGAAUCGUGAAACCACAUUUUACUUAUGACAAGACACCCACUCAGCAUUACAUUGAUUUAAACAUGCUGGAGACGAAGUUACCUAAUUACCUUAUUGAGAAACCCAUCGAUUGCAUACGAGUAGAUGGAGCAGGGGACGAGGGACCGGCGCAUGUAGAAGUACAGUUUCUGCGGACAGAACGACACCUUCUUAAGCAGAAGAUAUGCACAAUUGUCACAACCAGGAACAGUGGUGGCUCCUAUUUAAAUCCAGUUGAGUUAAUGAACGGAUGUAUUGCCAAAGCACAUGCCAAUAUUUACAUUCCAUCAACUCUUGCCGGUGGUAAUUCCAAUGCUAGUGGCCUGGAUGCAGAUAAGCUCACAGAGAAUGUGGACCUGGCUACGGAGGUCAAUUCAAUUUUAUUUCAUACGUUUACAAAAGAUAUAGUUAGACAUUAAUUACAUCACAAAAAAAUCAUAAUGGAAGGGGAAAAAAAAGGGAGUUAAUAAUUAUGGUAUUAUGUCGUGUACAGUGGCCAAAGUAGCUGAGAAGCUUUCGAAUUGGCCACCAUUUACAAAAUUGUUGUUUUGUGACUGUUUACAUAAUUGAGAAAAAAGAACAUGACGUGUUUGGUGUGGCUGGAUCAGUGUCUGGAUUCUACGUUUGCCUUAGGAUAAGUUUUCUUGUAUAUUUAGAUUUAAAUAUUCUAACUGAAGUUGACUGCUUAAUAUGUAGGUCUUUCGUUUCCCAAAUAUUGGAUGACGAAAAAAGAAAAGUGUGUUUGCCGUAAUUUGUGCGCGCUUUUGGUCUGCUAAAGUUUUGAUUUGCCGCGAAUCUUGUAUUAUACGAGUGACAGGUAGAUGUGAUGGAUAUGGAGUUUGCAAAAACUGACGGUAUUAAGUUGUUAAGGAUUUUAUAUGUAAAAAUUGCAAUUUUCAAUUUAAAAACAUUGUCAACGUUGAGUAUUCCCAACAGAUUGAGGUAGGUACUGGCAUCUUCUCUUUUAUGCGCAAAGAAAAUGUUUCAUACACAUUUAUUUUGAGCAAUGCGAAUUUUGGAUAGAUGGGUAGUAUAGGUAUUUCCCCAGCUCAUUAUUCCGUAGUUAAGAUAUGGAUAGAUUAGGGAAUAGUAGAGUUGUUUCAACAUCUGUAGGUUCACAUAAUAUCGCAAUUUAUUAAGGAUGCCAGUGUUUUUAGAUAUUUUGCUUUUUAUGUGGUUUAUUUGCUGGCCCCACUUAAGGUGUUUAUCAAUAUAGACGCCCAGGUAUUUGAUGUAGUCUUUUUGUUCAAUCUCAUGAAUUCUGACAUUUGAUAUUUGUUUUUUAUGUGAACUAAUGAUCAUGUAAUUAGUUUUUUUAAAGUUAAUAGCUAGUUUAUUAGCUGAACAAUAGUCAAGGAUUUGAAUAAAUUCUUCGCUCAUGAUUUUAAUUACAUCUUGGACAUUGUCACUGGAGUAGAAGACAUUAGUAUCGUCACCAAAAAGUCUAAAUGA